AUGUUCAGCAAAAUCUUAGCUUUCGGUGCUCUGGUAGCCGCCGCCAACGCCGGCCUCCUGCAUGGGCAUGGCGCCUCCGUGUCCUCUCAGAGCAUAGUUCGCCACGAUUCUGGCUACGCCGCUGCCCCUAUCGCCUACGCUGCGGCUCCCAUAGCACACGCCGCUGCACCUCUUGCCCACACUGCUCAAUACGCCCCAGCAGCUCACUACGCCGCACCUGCCGCCUACUCCGAAGGCCAUGACUACUAUGCUCACCCCAAGUACGACUACUCUUACUCCGUGGCGGACCCACACACUGGCGACCACAAGUCCCAGCACGAGAUCCGCGAUGGUGACGCAGUACAUGGAUCAUACACACUCCUACAGCCCGACGGCUCCGUCCGCACUGUUGACUACAGUGCCAAUGACCACACCGGUUUCAACGCCGUCGUCCAUAACUCCGCACCAGCAGUACAUCCCGCACCCGCUCACGGCUACCGCCAUUAU